GUGCAAUCAUCAUCUGCGCCUAUGGCAGCUACGGUUGCGAUUCGCUUGGAAAAUGUCGCGAUUGAAAUUAAUUCCCCCUCCAUGAAGCCGAGCCGAGAGCAGCCGUUUGAGCAGGCAGGCCACUGGCAGAAAGCAUGCGUGGCCAGAGCUUGCGUUGACCAGGCGCGCUGCUUUCUUGGGAUUGGGAGUUAUGUAUGCACAUCGGAGAUUUUUCUGGGCAGUUGGAUGCCUAUCGUCCGAGAUGCCGAACGCAUGUAUGUCUAGCAUCGUCAGGGAAGAA